AAUGGGUCUAGUCGCUAGUGUAGGCAAAAACAAUGAUGAAUUAGUUGACAAUUUGGUUAAACAUGAUUCAAUUAAAAAUGAACGGGUUGAGCGGAUAAUGAGGUUUUCUUUAGAUUUUAUCAGAAAAAUAACGAAUUUUGUUUGUAGACUUGUUGAUCGAGGCAAAUUUAUGCCAGAAAAUGCUGUGGAGGAAAAUGCUUAUAAAGAUUCUGCUUGGAAAUCAGAUUUGGGAUUGCCUGGAUUUUUACAUAUUUCUGCUCCGUGUAUUUAUGCAAAUGUAUUUUUGUUGUAA